AUCCCUGCGCCCGCCGCGGGGGAAAGCCUCCGCCCAGCCAGGCGGAAGGGGCGGGGCUCACGGCGGAAGUCCCGCCGCCCGUCAGGUCACGUGGAGGGGCUGAGCUCGCGCGCAGGAAGCAUGGCGCUCUGGCGGGCAUACCAGCGGGCCCUGAAUGCCCACCCGUGGAAAGUUCAGGUCCUGACGGCCGGGUCCCUGAUGGGCCUGGGUGACAUUAUCUCACAGCAGCUGGUGGAGAGGCGAGGUAUGCGGAAACACCAGAUUAGCCGGACCCUGACCAUGGCCUCUCUGGGCUGUGGCUUUGUGGGCCCUGUAGUAGGAGGCUGGUACAAGGUUUUGGACCGGCUCAUCCCUGGCACCACCAAGGUGGAUGCUCUAAAGAAGAUGUUGUUGGACCAGGGGUGCUUUGCCCCGUGUUUUCUAGGCAGUUUCCUCUCACUGACAGGGGCACUCAAUGGACUGUCAGCCCAGGACAACUGGGCCAAACUCCAGCGGGAUUAUCCUGAUGCCCUCAUCGCCAACUACUAUCUCUGGCCUGCUGUGCAGCUAGCCAACUUCUACCUGGUUCCCCUCUAUUACAGGUUGGCUGUUGUGCAGUGUGUUGCUGUUAUCUGGAACUCCUACCUGUCCUGGAAGGCGCAUCAGCUCUAAGCUUGCCUUGCAGUGAUGCAGCUUGACCCUGGAAUGGUCAGAUGACCUCCUCAAAGUGGGCACAUCAGUUUUCAUGGGGUUUGGUUGCUGGUCAGAACAUAAUGGGGUCAGCACUAUGAAAUGGCCCGUUUCACUCUAAAGUGUGAAAGGACUCCUUUUGAAUUCACUGAAAUCUUUAUUGUGGUCUGUGCCCGCCACAUGAUAGGCAGUCCGUAGUAUUGGCUGGACCCUAUGAUCUUGGCAACUUUAGCUUAUGCCCAUAUCCUGGCAAAUGCCAUUUAUCCCCACUCUUCAUUGAUACAGUUGUUUCUCUAACCAUUUCCAACCCCAGUGUAGCUCCAGUUCUUUGGGGAUCCCCUCAAACUCUUUACGUGGUACUUCCAUAAAUAUGGAAUUGGUACCUCUAUAAAAAUGUCAUCUGGAACCUGCAGAGGCCAUGAGUAAGACCCAACAGAAAAAUACUAGGGAGUCAAUUUCUAGAGAUGGAAAGAAAAGCCUAGAGACCGCCAAGCCCAGUCUUCACAGACGAAGACAAUGAGGUCCAUCGAAGUGAGGACCUGUCCACAGCACAAGUUAGUGGCAGAACAGGAACUUGAACCCGUGUCCUAGGGGUGGCACUUUUUUGUAUAACCCCAAGUUCACAUGGUGGAAAACCCAAUGUCCAAGGUGACAGUAUUAGGAGGUGGGACCUUUGGGAGGUGAUAAGGUCAUGAGGGCAGAGCCCUCACGGGAUUUGUACCCUUAUAAAAGCUGCCUGUGAGGACACAGCAAGAAAGUGCCGUCUAACCCAUUAAGCAGGUCCUCAGAAGACACCGAGUUCAUUGGCGCCGUGAUCUUGGACUUCCCAGUCCCCAGAACUAUGAAAAAUAAAUGCUCAUUUAUAAGCCA